GGAAGCACCACGGGUGAAAAUUGUGUGCUGUUUGUAGGAACGCGUUUCCCCUGUUCCUUGCGGACGGACGGACGGGUGGCGCUCGUGCGCGUUCCAAGGAUAAGUGGAACAUAAUUUAGUUGCGGCGUAAAACUUCCACCACACGGCGGUUCCGCCACGGUGGUGUGAGUUAUUGUUACUUCGUUAGCGCAAAUCCUGGGUCCUGUGCGUGUUACACCCUCUACCCCGUUUUUAGCAGGAAUGCAGAUGUAACAAGUCAAGAUGGUUGUGGAAUUUGGUCCGUAUGAAGUGUUGGCCCAUUUCCUAACCACUCUAUUUGCGGUGCUGCAGUGUUGCGGUUUAACACUUCAACUUUAAUGCACUCUCAAACUCAUCCAAAGGACACAUUUGCAGUCGGUAAAAGUAGUGGUGUUAAACCUACCAAAGCGUUUCUUAUCACUAAUCAUAAACACAAGCACAGUGGUAACCUUCGACACGGAUGUUGUGGCCUUUCUCCGGCAGAGAGACUCAUCAAGAUAAACACUCGGAACCUCGGUCUCGUCGUGAUGAGCCCGUACCUUCAUCAAAACGUCAUACAGGAUGUAUCAAAAUCGCAUUAUCAUCACCGGAAGACACAACCGGGGCACACAUUCCACGGGCACUGUGUGUGUGAAAGGGGUUUUUUGCGAUUCACCGAUCCAGAUCCUGGCCCCGAGUUGGCUGCAGUCCUUCCAGUAGGAGCAGUCCUGCAGGAGGGUUCAUUAUCAUCAUCGCCACUGUUGGCAGGAAAGAGGACGAUGUCCCGAAUGCCUCAAAGCCGGACAUUUUGGGCCUGCCAAUCGUGGCAUAUGUCACGUUUCGGUUAGAUCUUCUACGGAGCUGGGUGAUUGUGAGGGAAUUGUGGGGAGGUUUUUUUCUCUCCUGUUUCUCCUCUCAGCUCCGAUCUCCCUACGGGGGUUGAUGAUGGUUCAUCAUCGA